GUACUAUAUCUAGCCCACAAAAUACCCAGUACAUUGUGUAAACAACUGUACCCUCAUCCUUUACCUACUAUCUUUGGUUAAUAGACUGACAGGAUGCCUAGGAAGAUAUGCGAAGACUGUAAGGGAGAAUAUGGCAGAUACAGAUGGACCGAGAUACGUGAUGAUAUCCCCUGUGAAGAGUGUGCUGAAAGGAGAAGACAGGAUUUAGUAACGCAAGCAGCACAUACCAGGCAGUUGGAGAUAAGGCAGGCAGAGCUUAAAGCUGAUGUGCAGAAGACUAAAGAAGAGGAGGAAACAAAGCGUUUGGAGGCUAAAGAAAGAAGUAAACAGCUCGAGAUUCAGCAACAAAUGCAGGCAGCUGAGAUACAAGCAAAGAAUGAGCAGCAGAGGAUCGAAGCAAGAGUGGUGGAAGCCAAAACUAAACUGAGACUGGAGGAAGAAAAGACAAAACAAGUGGAUUCUCAGAACAAAAGAGACAAUAUGAAAGAAGAAACAAAACAAUUGGAGCGGAAAUGUGCGAUUAACAACGCUAAUGCAGACCGCGAGGUGAAGCUGAAACAGGAGCAAACCGAACAGGUGAAUGCUCAGAACGAGCAAAAGAGAAAGGAGAUUGAAGCAGUGGAGCGUACAAAGCAGCUGGACCUUGCUGCCAAAUUAGUGAGCGUGCUGGCAGAGAUUGGCACAGACAAAGCAACAAUCAAUGCUCAGCUCCGGAUGAUGCUUGGAGGGGAGCUUCCACCUGAAAAGAUUGAGAAAGUAAGCCUGCCGCCGCCACCUAAUACCAUACAGUUUAAGUUUCUCGAGAAUAUGACAAAAGAACAGCCGAAAGCGAGCAAGAGAAAGAUCGAACGUCAACGAGUGCGCACAGCUCCAGUUACAGUAGGCUUUGACUGACUAUAUUCUGUAGUUUUAAUUUGUGUUCGUAACUAUACAAUAUUGUGCAAACCAAAGCUGACUUAUGAUAACGAGUUUUUUACAACAAAA